AUGGACCUUUCGAACGAUGACCCCAAUGGAGGGCCAUUCAGUACACGCUCACCGACAACCUUCGAGGGCAGACCCAGCCUAGAGGGACGAUCGCCGCGCACACCACCACGCCAGUUACAAAAGCAGAGAUCGAACGCAGGAGUUCGAGCCACAAUCCACCAGAACCUUACCAACCAUGUCAAUGACAGACAGCAAGAGCAUGCCGGCGCAAAGGAGGACAACAAGGUGAGGAAGGGAUCACUGCGCAAUGCCGUUCGUAGGCUCUUUGGCAGGAGGUCAAGAGAAGUACAACCACAACCGGAGAAGGUAUCACCCCCACGGCAUGCGUAUUCCAGGUCGGAUCCGUACACCGUUCUGAGCCCACAGCCGGAGGUCCUGGAGGACACUGCGCAAGAAGACGACUUCAUCCACAGGACGUUCUCGGCGCCCAUUGGCAUCUUGCCUUCUCCCGCGGUGCAACGGACGCGAUCUCCCUAUGCUGUGGAGUUCCCACAGAGUUCCCGCUUGAAGCCCAUCAAUCUUGGAAACCCAUACACCGCGCCAGGGAGCCAGCUCAGACGGCGCAAGACACUGCCCAGUGUUCGGCCUGCGGAAAUUGAAGCCAAAGCGACUUCAGAUUCGGAUCCACUCGCGGAAGUACUUCCAACACAUGUCGAGGACGAGAACGAGAUCGGUAGAGCGGUGAGUACCAGUGAGAGGAGCCAGAAGAGACGAUCGCGCAGUGCCGGAGAUCUGCGCCAGGUGCUUGCCCAGACCGCGCCCAAACGAAAGAGGAGCGAUGAGAUCCGAUACUGGCGAGAAAGCUUCCAAGGGAGUGUGCUGCGAGCGAGUGGCUUCAUGGUGCCGGUCAUCGAUGAUCCACAAGAUGCCCACGUGGAAGAGGAGAAAACACCGACCGCGCGACAAGACGACCCGUUAGGGAAUCCUGCGUGCCCAGCGCAGAGCAGUCCACCGCGCCGGAAAAUGGAUGUUCACGGAUCUGACUUCACCUCUCCUUCAGCCUUUGGAUCGCAGCUUUCCCAGGACCUUGAGGAUCGCGUAGCAAGACUCGAAGCCGGGCUGAGGAGCUUCCGAGGCGAGCUGGCGCAAAUAUCCGCUGACCGUAAUCGACGGACCGUGUUAAUAGGAGGCAUUCCUACACCUACACUGCACCGGCGCGCAUCAAGCGGAGGCCGUUCAGCCAGUAUGCUAGCCGAAACACUGCAGAACGAUCUUGGUCCAUCAGCCUACCACUAUGACUACUCGGAUACCCUGCGCCCGGCAACAUCUCCGCCACCACGGACCCCAUCAGCGCCCAACCCCGAGCCACCAGCUUUGCCGACCGGCUCUCGCGGCCAACCCAGACCAGAAGACCCAUUCAUCAGCACCCCACAGCAGCCCGCCCGCGUAACCUCCGCCCCGGCCGAUAACGUCGAGCUCAGCGCCGGCCUCCCACAGCACCAACCGCCCCAGUACACCUUCCGCUCUCUCUACGAAAUGCUCUCCGACGAACGCUCCGCCCGGCGGCGCCUGGAAAUGCAAAUGCGUGGCCUCCGCCAGGAAAUCGCGGAUCUGCAUUAUCAAGUCUCUAGCGUCUCGAACUUCGCUAGUCAGAGGAGUAGUUAUAACGCCGGUUUAGAUCCUACGGCAGGUUCGACGAGGUUGCACGCAUUGUUGCGGGAUACGGAGGAGAGUCCGCCGCAGACAAGGAGGGGACAGAGAGGCCAGGCGAUGACCGGAAUGGUGAGUCGAUUUAGUGGGUCAGAGAGUGAGGUGGCUGGUGGGGAGGGUGAGACGCCUUAUGAGGUGUUCCAGACGCCGGUGGAGCGGACGGGGGCGUUUGAUUGGGGUUCGCAUGCCACUGCUGGCGCUGGUCGGGGAGCGGGAAGGGAGAGGGAGGGAGAGAUGUUUUGA